CCCUUCUCUAACUCUGACUUCCACAAAUACGUCGCCGGCUACAGGCUACUGAUCCUCGGCGGCGGCGGCACCGCCACCUAAUGCUACUUCUCCCCGCCGACGCACUCCACUGCCUGUUCUGGUGCUAUGGUUGGCUACCGCCUCUCUUUCCUAGACCUCAUCGUUCCCACCCUGCCGCCUCCCAAAUUCAAAUUUUCGUCACCCAAAUGCGCGCGCCUGGUCGAACUGUCUAGAAACCACCCUUUCAGCCCAAUAUAAAUACAAGUGAGCAGGCAGAUGAGACUCACACUGCUCGAACUACAUCCCAAGAAGCAACACGGUGGUCAAGCUCUCAUAUCUUCAAAUCGACAGAUUGUGAGGAGGUCGAUUUACUACCCAUCGCCUUCUAAUUUGCUUCGCCAAGGACCAAGGUCCAGAAGAAAUUUGAUAAGCCUAGAAGUUCCUGGAGAAACACUUGGAUUUGGGUGUGAAGCUGAAAAUUAAAAGCUAUUACACCCGAAAUGUUACAGCUCUCGUGCCAACAAAGUGCUAAAGGAAAACAAAAAGCAGUAGCAAGCCCAACAGAACUUGCUCCAAUGGCAUGCCAUGUGCUCGAACAGGUUUAUUUAUACGUGAACCAACGGAUGCGACAAAUUUAAGUUAUCAUCUUCAGAUGAUGAAGUGACAAACCAAUCAGCGAUGGUGAUUUUUCCUACUUAUACUGGUAUGCUCACAUCAAUCGACGGAUUGGAGCGAGGAGAAAGCUCAAAAGGGCGAAAGCGUGCACGUGAAGCAAUAAGAUAUGCUAGCCGUACACCAGAGCAAAUCCAAGCAAGGCGAGAACGUGUUAGAGCACGUCGGCAAAAUUUGACACCUAAGGAGAAGGAAGAGAUUAAUGCACGAAGAAGAGAGAAACGACAACGUAUGACACUUGAAGAGAGAAAUGCAAGCCAGCGAGCAUGUAGGCAAAGUUUGACACUAGAGGAGAGGCAAGAAAGAAAUGCACGCCAACGAGCGCGUCGGCAAAGCCUGCCACCGGAAGAGCGGCGGGCACUUCUAGCUCAACGUAAUGCAAGUUAUGCAUCUAGACGAGAUACCCCAUGCAUGGAUUCCAUUGUAUCAAAUUGCCCUAUGGGUUCAUUGCUGGGACAUGCAUCAUCAAGCUCUUAUGCCUUUAGUUACCCAAGUACACUGACUCAAACUUUUUCUACAAUUCAAGGUAAUCUAGAAAGCAUACCUGAAGGAAUGGAAGAUGAUCACAUAGUUUUCACUAGCAAAGGUGACGCUAAUACUGUCCAGUGCAAGGAACUCACAUCGGUGCAAUGUCCAACAUCUACAUCAGUGGACAGUUCAUCAUUGGCCCCUGAUGACUCCAUAUGCCCAGGUUCCCCAACGGAAAGCUUUAAUGUGGAUGAUGAUUUUUCUCAUAUGACCGAAGAAGAAGAUGAUGAGUACUUCGCAUUUGCUGGGAGAGGGAACACUGAAGAUUGCGAUGACAUGGUAGAUGCUUUUACAACAGACAACAUUGUUCCUGACCCAUAUGACUGUGUUUACCAGAAUAUACCAAAAAGUACUCACACACUGGUGCCAAAGCCUGAUUGCAAGCAUUGCGGCGCAAAGAGGUUCCAGUAUGAGACAAAUGGAUUUUGUUGCCAGUCUGGAAAAAUUAAGUUAGCACAGUCAGAACCACCCUUGGAACUUCAGAUGUUGUACACAAGUUCAGAUAGUGAUGAUGUACAUUUUCUCUACUCUUAUAAAAACCACAAUUGGUGAUGAUGGUGUGCCUGCCAACUUUGAUUCACAA